AGGCGGAGUAACACUGCCACCUGCCGGCUGCUCGGAGCACUCACGGGCAGGAAGCGGACACGGCAGGCCGGAGAGGGGGAAGGAGAGGGCGGAGGAAGAGGGAGCUACCGAGGGACUGAGAAUAUGACAAACUACCGUGACUCCUAGCAGCGCCGUACAUUUUAUUCAACUUCCAUGGUGCAGGUUUUUUCAACGACACUUGCAGCUACUUUGUCAGCGGUGAACCACAGACGGACAGACGGUGGCUGCUGGUUUGUUGAGUUCAGCUCAAGGUGUCACAGCUCCUCUCGUACUUACAGGGAAUUGGGGUCAAGCGGGUGGGUCGGGCGACAGGGAGUUGCCAGGGCCAUGCAUCGAGGGUGAGGGGGACUCGCAUCGGGGGAAACACACAGUGUUGGGCUAGUAGGGGUUCUGGGCCAGUCGGUGCGGAGAUGAAGCUCAAACAGCGCAUGGUGGUGCUGUGUGCCGUGCUUCUCGUGCUGGGCCUGGCCAAGAUCUUCCUGCUGGAUGGAGGUGAAGGAUCUGCAGCCAGUCGACGGGACCUCAGAGCAUUCCGCAAGAUGGAAGCUGGCCUCUCUCUGUCCCGCGGAGCUCGUCUCACACACACCCUCCAGUCUCCGUGGGAGAUAGCAAGCCAGUGGGUGGGCCCGAGAGAGGUGAACCCAGAGGAGACCCCAGAGCUGGCUGCAGUGCUCACUGCCCUCAGCACUUCCAGGAUUGAACGGGCAGAUGUGGGCUAUAAGGGCACUCAGCUCAAAGCCCUGUUGGUGCUGGAUGGGGGACAGAAAGUGGUCUUCAAACCCAAAAGGUACAACAGAGACUAUGUAGUUGAGGGCGAGCCAUACGCAGGCUACGACAGACACAAUGCAGAGGUGGCAGCUUUUCACUUGGAUAGGAUCCUAGGGUUCAGAAGAGCACCUCUUGUGGUGGGGCGAUUCGUCAACCUGCGGACAGAGAUUAAACCUGUGGCUACGGACCAGCUGCUGAGCACCUUCCUCAUGCAGGGUAACAAUACAUGUUUCUAUGGAAAGUGUUACUACUGUCGGGAAACUGAACCAGCCUGUGCAGAGGGAGAAAUCAUGGAGGGUUCAUUAACCCUUUGGCUGCCAGACGUCUGGCCUCUGCAGAAACACAGACACCCCUGGGGACGCACCUACAGAGAGGGGAAACUUGCCAGGUGGGAGUACGAUGAGAGUUACUGCGAGGCUGUGAAGAAGAUGCCACCCUACGAUGCAGGGCCGAGGCUGCUGGACGUCAUAGACACGGCCAUAUUUGAUUAUCUCAUUGGAAACGCUGACCGGCACCACUAUGAGAGUUUCCAGGAUGACGGGGGCGCAAGCAUGCUCAUCCUGCUCGACAACGCAAAGAGCUUUGGGAAUGCAGCUCUGGAUGAACGAAGCAUCCUCGCACCACUCUACCAGUGCUGCAUGGUCCGGGUGUCCACGUGGAACAGGUUGAACCUCCUGAGAAGUGGAGCGCUGAGUUCAGCCAUGCGACAGGCUCUGGCAUUCGACCCCAUCCACCCUGUCCUGGCUGAAACACACCUUGCAGCCCUGGACAGGCGUCUGUCUGGAAUCAUAGCAACUGUCAAGCAGUGCAUGGAGUCGCAGGGCCCCGACAUCACCCUAAUAGAGGACAGAAUGAACCUCCCGCAUCCAUAGAAACAAGGGAGAGGAGAAAAUAGCAAAAGGAAAAGCAAGGACUUGACUUCCUGAGGCUGCAGAAGAGGAAGUGGACAUUAAAGUUGGUGACUGAGACAUCAGAGCAGCCCUGGUGUUAAAGAAAGAGAUGCUGAGUAAGUAAAUGAGUGGAACAAAGACUGGGCUUCUCUCAACCCUUGUCCAUUCAUUCACUCUGACAAGACUGGAGUGGUUCAAAAAGAAGAACCACCAGAUUCAAAGUGUUGGAACUGCGUCACUUUGAGCUAUAAAAACGUUCUCUCAGGACUGUUGUGCACCAGAGGACAUAACUGCUGUAUGGACACAUCUGUGCACUACUACUGGUUGUGAUGACACUCCUGCUGCAAUCGUCUCUCUUAGUUCAGGUUCAACGUCAUCUGAGAGGAAACGAUCUCAGAGAGACGGCGAUGGGAAGUUAAAAUUAGUCACCAACAUCAGGAUGGAAGACGCAGUUCAGUCAUGUUUCAGGCUGUUUGGAGGUUUACAGUCUGAGGAACUGAAAAUCAGUUGUAGAACUAGACCUUCUUUUUUUCCCCUUUGAACUGAAAUUUCACUUUGUCUGGAAAGAAAACAAAUUGAUCUCAGCCCCUAAGUGUGUACAUAUUUAACUACGUACUAGAGACAUAGAAUUAUGGGAAGAGAGAAUAUACCUUUGUCGAUAAUGAUAUUAAAUAAACUCAAGGGUGUGUGGGUGAGUGUGCGCGCGUGUGUGAGAGUGCCAUAUUGUGCCGUAAAAAUAAGAAAGCUACCGACCUGUCAGACAUGAAGUGGGGGGAUGCAGAUGUCAGGUGUGUGGGUUCAUCUUCAGAAUUAAACUAUGAUCUAUUU